CCUCCCAUCAAAUAUUUCUACGUCCACAAGCUGGCUUUAUUCUUGUCCUUAAUAUGGCAGAGAGGUUCGAUGAUAUUCCAUCCAAGACAGUAGGAAACAGUAUGAUGUUCAAUGGAUGGACAAACAAAGAUUUUUUAAAAUACUGGAUGAGUUCAAUUCACAAAAAUUCACCAACAGCCCCUGUAGUAUUGGUUGCAACCCAUGCAGAAGGCAAGACAAAGCAGGAUAUUGAAGAAUAUUUUGUUGAAGUUUGGAAUAUAUUUGACAAUGAGAAACUCAAGGGACAUCUAAACGAAGACAGAAAAUUUACUGUCACUCUAAACGAUGAUAGAAAUAUUGCUGAGCUUAAAAAUUGCUUGGCAAAACAAUCAGUAUUACUUGCCACAUGGGGGCAAAAAAUACCUCAAAAAUGGUCUCUAUGUGAGAAAUUCUUGCAAGAUUUAAAAGAAUCAUUGAAAAUUAUCUCUCUGCGUGAUAUAUCAUCUUUACUAGACACAAAAUUAGACAAGCUACAAAUUGAUAGGAAACAAUUGAUAUGGAUGUUGAAAUUUUAGCAUGAUAUCGGAGAAAUCAUCCACUUUUCAGAUAAAGGUUUGGGAAAUUUUGUUAUACUAGAUAUUGACUUUUUCCUUGAGCUAUUCAAAUGUAUUAUAAAAACAGAUGUGCAGUUUCGUGGAAAGAUAGCUAGACGUUUUGGAAACAAAUGGAAAAGAUUUGCAGUUAAUGGAUUGUUGGAUGAGGAGAUGUGCGUAGAAAUUUUAAAAGAAGUAAACGAUUUGAAAGAAAAGGAUAAAGAAAUGUUUUUUCAAUACAUGUCUCAUAUUGGACUAAUGGUAAAUAUCACUGAUGCUGCCUUGGUGAGGAAAACAUGGUAUGUACCGUAUAUGAAUAAAUCUCGAUUCCCUUCCAAGUACUUCGCGGACUAUAAAAAGUCCUCUAUUUACUGCUUUAUCGCGGAUUUUCUCCCCGAUAUCUUGUACCAUAGACUGGUGUCAAAAGUGUUAGCAGAUCAUUCUCUUGGAGAAAUCGUUUCAAAUGGGGACCAGAAAUGCAUUUACCAAACUGUAUGUGCUCUUUAUCAUCAUGAGGAUACCCAUAUAGUCCUCGUUGGGAGGUGCGAAACCUCUAUCCAGGUCCAGGUUUUGUCAAAGACCGAUUUGGACAAAAAUAUUUCAAGAGAAAUACUGAAGAAAGUUUCAGAAGAGGUCGAAGAGUUGAAAACUAUCUUUGGUUUAAAUAUUGAAUUCAAAGAGGGCCUCCUGUGCGACCGAUCCUCGAUUACCGAUCAAUUCCUUUUGAAGGGCAUAUCUAAGGAACAGUUACUGAAAGCCUGUGAGAAGAAUGACAUAUUUCUGUGCAAAAAUUGUGCUGUUGGUCAACCUCAUAUGAUAAAUUCAAGGGCAUUGUUAUCAUAUUGGAUUGAUGUCAAUGAAAUAAUGGAAGAUAGUGAUAUGAAAAGAAAAAGAGAGCUCUAUCUUAAAUUCUACUUGAUUGCAAUGAAGAUCAAAACACAGUUCCAGGCCAUAGAGCUCAGCAUCAAACUUCUUGAAGAUGACAACAUAAUGGAAUCUUGUGGUAUUCGAGAUUUGGAGAGGGAUGUUUUCGAAAUAUUAGUAAAAUGGGUGGAAUUGAAUCCUGAUAUUAUGUACAUGGAAAAGCUCACUGAAGUACUCCAACAGAUAGGAAGAUGUGAUAUUGCGGAGAAUAUUAAUCAUAUCGAACUUACAGACUUCGUGAACUAUCCUGUUACUUCUCCUCAGCGGGGAAUUAGAAGGGAAGAUAUCAACAAAAUUGUAGAAGAUGCAGCAGUCGCUUACCAUAAAAUUGGAAUAUUCUUGGGUUUGUCACCUCAGCAACUGAGAAAUAUCGAUAUAAACCAUCCAAAGUCUGUUCAAACAAAAAUGUAGAAAGCUCUAGAAUUUCGGACAGUGAGUCGUCAAGAGCUAGUCAAUAGCUUGUAUUUCGUGGGAAGAGUGGAUGUUGUUAAAAGACUUACCACUCUGUGGAAUAAAUCCUAGACAGUUAAUGCAAUUACACUGAAUGGUUACAAUUUUUACAAUCAUCCAUAUUAAAAGAUAGCUUUAUCCCAAAAAUUGUUUGUUGGUGUAAACAUAUGUAGGUUACAACAAGCAUAUACAAUUCACUAUACUUUGAAAAUUAUAGUGGUUCCUUGUGCAAACAAGCAAGUUAAGAGGGGAGGCACAACUUUUAGUUUUUGGUAUACAUCCAAAUAAAGCCUAUCAGGGAUACUUACAUCGACUAGGUGUACUAUUUCCAACAAAAUGACAAGUCAUUUCCAAAAAUCAUCACUACAAGACUCACUGGUCAAACCUGCUGAUUUUAUUUUAGUUUAUACAUGCAAA